GCCAGUGCCUCGAAGUCGGGUGAGCACUUGAGGAGUGCCCAAAGCCUCCGUGUUAGCGGCUCGGGUCCCCCUCCAGAGGUGCCCGAUCAUGAACGCGAUCUUUUAGCCAAGUUGCCGCACGAGCAGCUGCUGAAGGAGGUGCGUUCCAGACACACUUCUGAGGACACACCGUCGCCUCUCCAGCUUCUGGACAUUAACAGACAAUGGCUGCAGCCGCGGGAUCUUCCGAGAUCGGCUGUCCUUGUACACGUGUACAACUUGAAUGAAGCCUUUGUGAAGGCCAACUCGCUCCUGUCCGUUGCCACGGUGGGGAGCUUUGGAGCCUUCCACGUUGGAGUAGAGGUUUUUCAAGGCGAGUGGUCCUACGGCCUUUAUGGCGUCAGCGUGAGCGCUCCGCGGACGCAGACACGGCACGUGUACAAGUGCAGCGUCCUCCUUGGCGAAACGGAGCUCAACGAGGCUCAGUUCGCUGGCACCUUACGGAAAGCCUUCCAGGAAUUCAUGGGCGAUGACUACGAAAUCGUUGGGCACAACUGCUGCAGCUUCGGGCGGUUUCUCGUCAAGGAGCUGGGGGUUGGCCCCAUGCCAGCUUGGGUGGACCGGCUUGCUCGCGGCCUGAAAUCCGUGGGGCGUGCCACCGGCAGGGUCUCUGAGCACAUGGGCCGCGUUGUGGCGACUGGAGCUAAGGCGGUGGUGGGCGCCGCUGCCGCCCUUCGUCUGGGACGGCGCGAAGAUUCCGAAGAGGAGAUAGAGGACCCACCAGCGCCAGUGUCCACAGAAGGCAAGCUGACUGGCGACGCGGGCCCCGCCCCGCUAUUGCCUCCUCAGCAUAUCGCUCUUCCCCAGCCAGUGAACGGUUGGCCAAGAAUGAGGCAGGAGCCAUCCCGCAAUCCAGUCUCAACGCCAGGGGCGGCCGGGAGCAAUGCCCGUUGGAGCCCGCCUGGCGUUGUCGUCCACAGACAGGUGGGGUAUCCGCCGAUGAUGGUCCGACCAGGGCAGAAUUAG